GGAAGAACUAGGCAACCAAACCGACGUACAAUCAUUCCAGAUUCGUGGAAUAGGUCGUCACCUCGUAACGCGUCUUGCUGUUUUGUUGUCAAUAACAAUAACAACAAACAACUGCAUCCAAAAAUGCAAUCAUUAUUCAGCAUUUUACCGAUGUCAACAUUUGCCUGAUCGCCCACAAAUUAGCGGUACUUCUCGCUGCUUGAUUUCAACGGUCGAGGUCGCGGCGCCCGUGGCCCAAACGAUAUUAAACGCCCCAGAACAACACAGAAUGAGAUUGAAAACGCCGCGACAAUGAUGUUGUAUCUGACGAUGUGCAUUUUCGCGCCGGUGUUGGGCACCAUUACCGUCUGCCUGGUGUCCUACUACGUUGUGAAAUAUUUGCAGAACCGCGCAAAGCAGGUACCUCUCAGGGACUCCAAGGUACACAGCUGGAAGCCCAUCAAGCUUUCCUCACGACCAUGGUAUUGCUCUAUAUGUGAAACCUUGUUGAUCAGUGAGAUAGGUGUCUACUGUGAUUGCUGUGGGGUUUGUGCUGAUCCAAAUUGUAUAAAGCAAGCCAAUAGAACCCUUCCAUGCAAAAUUAUAACAAGCAAAGUAGACUCCCUGAAUCACCACUGGGUAAAAGGAAACUUACCAAUUGGCGCGACUUGCACAAUCUGUGGGGAAGAAUGUUCUCAGCAGCUGGGACUCGUCGAUUAUCAGUGCUGUUGGUGUCAACGGGCCGUCCAUCAGCAGUGCAUCAAAUUGAUGUCAACAGAGUGCGACUUCGGUCCCUAUCGCCCACUCAUUGUGCCACCGUGGUGCGUGCAAACGGCACGCAUGAAGAGCAGCAUCCACCGCCACCUACUACUCCGCGGCGUGAAGGACCCCGGCUGGCCGGAUUGGUCGCCCCUGAUAGUCGUCGCGAACCGCCGCUCUGGCAACAACGACGGAGACGCGAUUCUCUCCGAAUUCCGGCGCAUUCUCAACCCGGCACAAGUGAUAGACCUGGCUGAUAGGCCUCCAGCUGCGGCUCUACAAUGGAGCGUACUCUGUGCGCCGAAACCCAUACGAUUACUUGUCGCUGGCGGAGAUGGGACUGUCUCAUGGCUGUUGACAACAUCACACAAAAUGGAUCUAGAGCCGCAGCCGGCGAUUAUGAUUUUGCCGCAAGGAACAGGCAACGAUUUGUCCAGAGUGUUGGGAUGGGGUAAGGAAACCCCGAGCGAAAUGGACCCGACGUAUAUCAUAGAGAAGAUCCAGGAGGCAAAACUGUCGGAAAUCGACCGAUGGAAGGUCGAAAUCACGCCGUCGCGGCAUCUGGGUAUUUCUCUGCCUACAAAGACACAAUUUAUGUACAAUUAUUUCAGUGUCGGUGUGGACGCGCAAGUGGCACUCGAUUUUCAUCGCACGCGAGGGAGCAAAUUCUAUUGGUUUAGUAGCCGUGUCUUUAACAAGAUCCUGUACAUGUUUUUUGGCACCAACCAAGUGGUGUGGGCCGAAUGCAAGAACAUUAACAAACAUAUGGAACUGUUCCUGGACGGCAAACGCGUCGACCUUCCCCAACUAGAAUCCGUUGUCGUAUUGAACAUCCCGUCAUGGGGCGCCGGCGUCGACCUCUGGUCGAUGAUCGAAGAUGCGUCUUCGCAGAGCUUCAAGGACGGCAUUCUCGAGGUGAUCGGCAUCUACAGCUCCUUCCACAUCGCCCAGCUGCAAGUGGGGCUCUCCUCGCCACAUCGCAUCGGGCAAGCCAAAACAGUCGAGAUUCGAUUAAAUGCGAUGGCGCCGGUGCAAGCUGACGGCGAGCCGUGGCGGCAGCGUCCUGCGAACAUCCGCAUCUCCCUCGUCGACCAGGCCCCGGUGUUGGUAAACAGACAGCGCGGAACGUUUACAUGGAAUAUGGAAUCAACUUUUUUAGAGAAUUUACAAUUUUUUAUCCAAACCGUCUGCACAAAAAUAAGAAACAAACAAACAACGAACCAAGAAAACUAACGACCAAGCAAAAUGAUGAAGAACGACCGAUAACAAGAAGCGAGAAAAAUUUUUAUUCAUUGUGAAAUCUUUUAUACCAACUAUGUCUUAAAUUAAUGUAUCCUCUAAUAUUGUGGCUAGGGAACUAAUGCAAAAACAUCGAAAAUUAUUAUUUGGAAA